AUGAAUUCUCUCCCUAAGAAUCUCAAGAAGCAAGUUACUUGCUCGAUUUGUCUCCAUACCUACACCGAGCCCAAAACUAUAUCAUGUCUUCAUACAUUUUGCUGUGAAUGUUUGGAGAAACAUGUAAGAGUGAGCCAGAAAAAGGGAAAAUUUCGAUGCCCCGAGUGUCAGGCAGUGAUCGAUUUACCAGAUGGAAAUCGCUUCGACCGUUUGCCUACCAGCUUUUUCCAUAAGAGUUUAUUGAAUCUUCUGGCUGUUCGAAAGGGUGGUGCGGCAAGUAGCUUUACCUGUUUUCAAUGCAGCGUAACCAACCCCCAGAUGUACUACUGCUUCGACUGCGAACGAUUCAUGUGCCCUGAUUGUUUCAACGCACAUGAAGUGCUCAAGAAGUCUUUUCAAGGACACAAAGUCAAACCAGUUCAAGACUUCAAAACAGAAGAUUACGAAGCAUUGUUAAAGAGACAACCGUUUUGUUCUCGGCAGUUCCACGAGAGAGAAAUUACACGGUUCUUUUGCUCGCAGUGUCAAGUUUGCAUUUGUCAAAUUUGCAUAGUCACGGAUCAUCAAAACCACAAAGUUGUUGUGCUCGACAAAGUAGCACACGAGGAAAAGGAUAACAUCAUGUCGGGCGCUAAAUUGAUCAAGAAACUGGAAAACGAGCUCCUUGAAGUCAUUAAGCAGUUUAAAGAAACAAUUUCGAAGCUGGAAAGCAAUAUGGAAACGGCUAAGCGAAGCGUCAAGCAAGCAGCUGAGGAAAUGAUCGCAGAUAUUCGAGAGCGCGAGCGAGAGGCGUUGGAAUCCCUCGAGGAAACACGCGCGUCGAGACUCCAUAAAAUUAACUCGGCUAAACAGGAAGUGGAAUCCUUAGUGAAACAAAUGAACCAAGCAGCUCAGUUUGCGGAAAAUCUAGUGCAGGGAACCUCAAGCUCGGAUAUUAUGCAGAACAAAGAAACUUUAAGGGCCAAAUUUGAAGAGCUUCUGCGAGUUGAAGUUCCAAAACAUCAGCAGACGACAUUCAUUAAAUUCACUGCAGCAUCUCAGAAGGACUUGAAACUGGGUUUCAUUGAAGUCACUGAAGACACAGCAAAGGCAGCUAAAUCAACUUUAGAAGGACUGGAUCAAACUUUCCAGGCUGGUGUAGAAGCAGAGUUUACGUUAUAUCCAAAGAAAUCUGGAGAUGAGAUGAGUAACCAGGCUGAUCUUAAAAGUCGAGUUGAAUUGCUGGUUAAACCCAUCAAGGAUGUUACAGACGUGAUUGUCGAAGAGAAAGAGGGCGGCAAUCUUGCAUUGAAGUUUACUCCCAAAGUAGCUGGCGCCUAUAGCAUUCAGGUGAAGAUUAAUGGCGAUAAACUAUCGACCCGUCCCAUGACUGUGCAGGUAAAAGAACGUGAACUUGUUGUGGUCGGUGAGUUGAAGUUAAAGCUCUUUAAAGGGAACACUCUUGAACGGUUAUUUGGAGUUGCUGUGAAUACAGAAGGCCAGAUAGUUGUAACAGAUAACUUUGGCCACUGUGUUUAUGUCUUUGACAACAAUGGCAACUGUUUGAGAAAAAGUAGAGGCGAGGGUAGCAAUACAGGACAAUUUCAGUACCCUAAUGGCAUUUCGUUUUUUAAUGACAACGAAGUCCUGAUUGCAGACUCAGGAAAUUGCAGAAUACAACGACUUAAUAUUCAGACAGGAACCGUGGUCAAAAGUUUUGGAAAAAGAGGCAGAGAAAAAGGAGAGUUUGGCAGGCCAUUAGACGUUACUGUGGAUGAUAAAGAACGCAUUGUUGUAACCGAGUGGGACAAUAAUAGGAUACAGGUGAUGUCAAAGGAGGGGGAAUCUAUUUUCACAUUUGGAGACAAAGGCCCAGAGAAACUUUUAUGGCCAACCUGCUGCAUUCUUUACCAAAACAGGUUUCUCGUAUCCGAUACAGGCAACCACUGCAUAAAAGCUUUUGAUCAGUCAGGAACAUUCUUAUACAAGUUUGGCAAAAAAGGGAAUCAAGAUGGACAAUUUAACUGGCCGUAUGGUUUGCUUGUAGACAGCUCCGAUAAUCUUCUAGUAUGUGACUCUGGCAACAACCGAGUUCAGCAGUUUUCUUUAGACGGUCGCUUCACCGGCAAAAGCAUCAUUCGUUUAUCUAAUGUUACGGCGAUGUUAACAGCACCAGACAGGCGUAUUCUUGUUACUAGCCAUGAUGAGAAAAAGGUGUACAUUUUAAAAUAG